AUGGUACUGGCAUCGGAUAAUUCUCUAACUCUGUUCGAUUUCAUACGUUUGCCGUUGAAAUUUUAUAGUGCUGUCGGUAUAAAGAUGUUCGAAUGGAAUGCUGAUGACUCCAUGACAAUCACGGAGAAGUGCAUCUUUGUGUUGCUGGGUGUCAAUUUCACGUUCUGUUUCUUUGCCAAGGGCCUGUUCUUUGUGUUUGGCGAAUUCGUCGAUGCGGUGCAUGCAACUCAGUGGAUUCUCUAUUUUAUGUUUGCCAUGAACGGCUGUUUCAAAACCAUGUCCGUGGCUAUUGGUCGCAAAAAGAUCUACACCGCUCUCAAGGAUAUGGAACGAAUGUUCCCUGAGACACUCAAGGAACGUCAGGAGUUUCGGUUAGCCCAGAACUACGCCUAUAUUAUGCGACACGCAAAGUUCAUGAGCUUUCAGCACUUUGGCGCUGCUGCGAUGUUUAUUGCCUUUCCGGUGGUCCAGUCGUCUAUUGAAUAUUUGAGACGCGACGACGAGAAUGCUGGGUUUGUGCCACGCACAAUCUACGUAAUGGUAUAUCCAUUCGAUGCAUCCCGCGGAAUUGGUUAUGUCUUCGCCUAUGUCACACAAUUUAUUGGUGGGUUUAGCGUGUCGUGUCACUUUGUCGGCUCCGAUAUGCUGUUAAUGUGUGCCACUUAUUUGGUAAUUAUACAAUUCGACUAUCUUUGUUAUCGCAUUGAAAAUUUUAAAUCGACGGGUUAUGACAGCGAUAUAAAGGAGCUGAAAAUAAUAUUGGAAAGACAUAAUUUGUUGAAUGUAGUUGCCGAGACGGUUAAUGGAGUUUUCAGCUUUUCCAUAUUGUUGAACUACAUGAUCUCCAUAUUUAUUAUCGUUAUGAUUUCGAUACAAAUUGCAAAAGGUUCCGACUUGGAUUUGAAUAUGAUAAAAUUUGUUGGAUUUUUUGUUUCAGCUUCAUCUCAAGUCUACUAUAUUUGUAUGCUAGGACAGCGGUUAAUUGACAACAGCUCCCGAGUUAGCGAAUCAUUAAUCGGUCAGGAAUGGUAUGCGACAGAUGUUCGUUAUCAACGUUUGCUUGUAUUGGCCAUAGCCCGUUCGCAGAGGCCAGCUCAUUUGACAGCAUUUAAGUUCUUUACCAUUUCAAUUGAAAGUUAUGGCAAUGUAAGUUUAUUAUCAAUUUCCAUUUUAUAA